AUCAAAAGACUGACUCAUGCUAACAUAAGUCUUUUGUUGCCACAUGCCUAACUUAAUCUAUUAAGAAAUGUUUCACUAAUAUCAGACUCAGUCAGACUAAAAUGUUACUCAAUGUACCAUUUCAGAACAAGUGUAGCACAAUUUUGAGACCAGUGGAGCUGAGCUACAGGGUGCGGUUUCCUGGCCACUCUAAAAAGGAACUGCAGACCAUCUGAGCUCUGUGUCUACACUUCGGCUGCAGCACUGUACUGUACUCUUCUACAGGGAAAGCAGGGAUUACAACCCAAACAUGGCUAGUAAAUAUGGAUGUAGCAGAACAAAUAUUAAGGAGCUGAGGAUAGUGAUGGUGGCGAAGACCGGGAGUGGGAAGAGCGCCACUGGAAACACCAUUCUGGGACGAAAAUGCUUCGAAUCUAAGUUCAGUCCCGUGUCUAUGACUGAGGAUUGCUCUAAGGCCUCAGCCAUGGUGGGCAACCAACAGGUGGUUGUCAUUGACACCCCGGGGUUGUUUGACACCAGGUGCAGCGAGUAUAAAACAGCCAAAGAUUUAUGCCAGUGCAUCUCUUUCGCUGCUCCUGGACCCCAUGUGUUUCUGGUGACCAUCAAGCUGGGCAGAUACACUGAAGAGGAAAAGCAGACGGUGCAAAAGAUUCAAGAAAUGUUUGGCCAGGCAGCAGACAAAUACAGCAUGGUUCUCUUUACGCAUGGCGACCAACUGCAAGGCACCACCAUCGAGGACUUUGUGAAUCAAAGCUCAGACCUUCAGGAACUUGUGGACAGAUGUAAUGGCUACUACCACGUCUUCAAUAAUAACAUAAACAAUCACUCCCAGGUCACUGAGCUGCUCCAGAAGAUCAGAUGUUUAGUCGAGAUUAACGGAGGAAGCCACUACACCAACGCGAUGUUCCAAGAGGCCGAGAGGAAAAUCGAAGAGGAGAAACAACGCAUCCUGAAAGAAAACGAGGAGAAAAUACGGAAAGAAAGAGAGGAACUGGAGAGGAAACUUAAGAAACAACAUGAGAAAGAAAUUCAGAAGAUGAUUGCAGAAUUAAAGGCUGAGGCAGAGAGGGAGAAGAAAAAGAGAGAGGUGGAGUGGAAGGGGGAGAAGCAGGAGAUAAUUAUGAAAAUAAACCAAGAGAGAGAAGAGAGACAAGCAGAGAAAAAAGAGUUCAGGAAGAGGGAGAAGGAGAUGCGGAAGAUUGAUAAGAGAAGACAGAAGGAGUUGGAAUGGAGAGAGCAACAGAUGUAUGAGGAAAGACAGAGGGACAAGGUAGAGAGACAAGCGGAGAGGGAGAGGGACAGGUUGGAGAGGCUGCAGAUAUACGAGGAAAGACAGAGGGAGAAGGUGGAGAAAGAAACAGAGAGAGAGAGGGACAGGUUGGAGAGGCAGCGCAUAAAUGAGGAAAGACAGAGGGAGAGGAUCGAAGCAGAGAGACUGAAAGCAAGUAUAGACGAAAUGGUUAAUAGCAAGAGGAGAGAGCAAGAAAGAGAACGGGAAGAGCAGCAACGUAUGUUGAUAGUGAGGCACGAACGUGAGGCGAGAGACACGGCUGAGAAGUCGGAUGGCUUCUUCGAUCAUGUAGUAAAUGCUGGUAAAAACAUUGGAAAGGCAUUUGUCAAAUUUCUUUCGUUUAAGUGGUAAAAUACAAAUGAAAGGAGGUAUUUAAAAAUGUUUUUUAGUGAAUGUCGGCAAGAGGUCAAGACCUUUUUCUGGCCCAAGCUUGGCUCUUUUUUGUGUGACAUAUAUACUCACAAUCACAAUAUCCUUUUUGUGAUUAUCUGAGUGAAAGAAAUGUGUUGUAGUAGAACUAUAAGCUGCAGGUUCGUAAGCAUAAGUCACUCCUCGUCUCACAUACGCAUAUGCAUAUGCGUACCCAUACGCCAUAUAUAGUGUUUUUGCAUAUGGCUAUUUAACACUGAACAGUAUAUAAUGUUUGCAUAUCAUUAAAACUUUAAAGAUCAUAUCAAAAUUCAUAUGUUUUGGGGCACCGAAAGAGAGUCUUUGCUGCAGCAGCCACAGGUUCAAGUCCCACCUGUGGCCCUCUGCUGUGUGACGUCCCCUCUCUCUCAGGCAAGAACAUUUAAAAAAUAAAUUAUAUACCUAUUAAUGUUAAAAUCCUACUUAUAAAAUGUAUACCUUUUACUCUGGAUAGUUUAAUUAACAUUUGCUGAUAAUAUUUUUGCAAAGACUUUCACUUGUUAUUGAGUAUUUUUUUUCUCCAGUGUUGUUGUGGUGCUCGAAGAGCAAAGAUAAACACCCUACUCUUGCAUAUUAUUUAGUUAACCUAAAACUGUGCCAAUAGCAUUUGCACAUUGUGACUUCUGCUGCUUGACUUCAGGGAUUUAGGAUCAUCAUGAAAUUAACAUUAUCCAAAGAAGGGGAGCAGAUUUUGCAGUCGGCACCGGCCCACAGACUGUAGGGCGAGACAACUACAUUAAAUUAUACAUUUUGGGUGAAGUAUUCCUUAUUCCUUCCUCCAUCCAACUAUUAUAUCGUGCCUUAUCCAUCCUAGGAAAAAAAAAACCUCAGCUUGCAGAACUGAAAGAUUCUGAUGAUAAUACUUUUGUAAGACUUUUACUUGUUACUGAGUGUUGUUAUCCUGUGGUUUUACUUACUGUCUUCCACCAUUUACUAUCAUUAUUAUAAUCUUUAUUAAUAUGAGUAGUAGAAAUAGUAGUGUAAUAGCAGUAGUUAUAGUUGUGUGAAGCCACACAACUGUUCAUUUCCAACAGUGCUCGACAAGCUUAAGUUACAUUCAAGUUAUCUGACAGAUAUGAACACAUUUUCUUACCUGUCUGUUGUGUGAUCUUCAUAAUGAUAGAAAAUGUCCCUGUGAAUUACAAGUAAAAAGGGUCAAAAUUAAUAACACGUGUAUGGAUAUUCUGAAUAAAUCAUUAAAAUGUUGUUGAUUUUA